CAGCUACCACCCGUAGACCACGUCCUCGCUCUCCUCAAAACCUUUAAAUCGCACCCAUCAACAGUGCUACUUGCCUAUGGACUCGGACAGAUCGACGAAGUGGAGACGCUUUGCCGUGCUGCCUACUUUCCAACGCAGCCCAUGUCUGUUGGAGCAUUGACUAUGAUGCAUGGUCUGUUGCUCUUCUUGAUGAUAGAGUGGAUGCUGCACCCUGAUCUCAACAUCCCCCGAGGUGUAGAUCCACAAGCGCUAUAUGAGCAAUGCGAGCGGAAUUUUGAUGCUGGCCUCCAGUUCCACGAGAUAUGGACGAACCCCACUCUCGAGAACGUGAAGGCAUUGCGCAUCGCUGCCUGUCGAGCUCAAGAGAAUUCUAAUAUGAAGCGAUCAUGGACAAUCAUGGCUUGUGCCGCCCGACAUGUUCUUAAUAUGGGUCUGCACAGGCGCGGCAGCUACACAAAUCUUCCUGAACACGAGGUGCAAGACCGACUCAGAACGUUUUGGACUAUUUUUGGGUACGAGAAGAAUCUGGCACUCACCUUCGGUCAGACAUCCACCAUAAGGGACGACGACAUUGACGUCGAUAUGCUCAUGCCAUGUAAAGACUCGCGUUUUACCGCUUGGGACGAGUCACUCAUCUCCUUCGUCAAUCUGGCUCGCUUGGAAGGUCAAAUCUCCGAACGUCUGUAUACAGCGAGAGCCUUGAAGAAGUCUCCUCAGGAGCGACUUGCAAUUGUAAAAGAACUGUCUCGAGGCUUUGAUCACUGGUUUCUCUACCAACGACCGCAAGCGACAGCGGAGACUAUCUAUCCCGACAUUUACGAUGUACUUUGCGGGAAAACGACUGUGGUGAUCUACUACUCCUUGUUGGCCACGCUUCACCGAAGCACGUUCGCGACCAUUGAAUCUGCCGGCGUGAUCACCCAAGAAUGCUACGACGCAGCCCGUCAGGGCUUGGCUGCUCACCUGGAGAUCUUCCCCUCGGUUCGCGACUUCCGCGAAGGUCGUCUAGUGAACGCGUAUUUGACCUGGUUCCUCCUGUACGGGUCGUUCACUCCUCUGGUCGUUGUCUUCCUCCACUCCAUAUCUGUUUUCGACCAUUCGGAUCUCGAUCUUCUCAUUCGAUUCCAACAAUCACUAGAAGAAGUCGUAGAGCCAAGAGAGAGCACUCUUCGCUUACGCAAUGCAUGCGCCAUAUUCUCGUCUGUUGCGCAGGCUUACGUCGGGUCUCGAACACCAGCGAACGAAGGCUUACGCACGCAGCAUACAGCUGUAAUCCGUCGUGAGAACGUGCAUGAAGCAUUUGAAAAUUCCCAGAACACAUCACACAGCCUCGCUAGCGAGCGAAGUGCAGCCUGGGAUGCUUGUGCCGAUGUGAACGUUGACGAGAUGUACACCUUUGUUGACAACUGGAUCGAUGGAAGCCAACAAGCCGUAGAUCUCUUCAACGUGGAGUUUGUCACAUGA